CAUUGAAUUAAGUUCUGAAGUUCAUUGAAGUCUCUCAUCAGUCUGAUUCUGAUAUCACACGGCAAGCCAAUAAAGUCAGCGAAAAGCACACCUACCAAGCUAACUGGUCACAAAGGCAUUGGUUUUCUAUUUGAGUCGUAACACCCGACUUUUUCUUUUCCUCUUUAUCAUUCAACGCGCUUUUUCUCUUCUUUGUUGCGUAAAAUAUUUGAAGUUUUGUUGUGAGACUUGCUUCAAUCACAGCUGUAUUCUCAAUUUUGCAAUUAAGCAAAUUUAGCUUUAUUAUUCAGUUGUGGUUGAUAUAAAUGAACUCUUUCUACUGCAAUUAAGUCAGGACUCAUAUCUCAGACUUGGUGUCUCUACUGCUCAGUAAUGGCUGCUGCUGCUGCUUCUUCUUCUUCGUCUUCUCAGGGGCGCUAUGAUGUGUUCCUGAGCUUUAGAGGGGAAGACACCCGCAAUAACUUCACUGCCCAUCUCUGUGAGGAGUUACGCACCAAAGGAAUCAGCACUUUCAUAGACGAGGAGAAGCUCGAGAGAGGGCAAGCCGUAUCUGCUGCACUUGUUUCUGCUAUUGAAAACUCCAUGUUUUCUAUCAUUGUUUUAUCAGAAAAUUAUGCAUCUUCAAGAUGGUGUUUAGAGGAGCUGGUGAAGAUAAUACAGUGCAUGAAAAACAGCGGACACAGGGUUCUCCCAAUUUUCUACAACGUCGAUCCCUCGGAUGUGAGAAAUCACAUGGGAAAAUUUGGAGAAGCCUUGGCUAAACAUGAAGAGAAUUCCAAGGAGGGUAUGGAGAGGGUGCAGAUUUGGAAGGAUGCUCUCACUCAAGUCACUAAUUUCUCUGGUUGGGAUUCAAGGAAUAAGAAUGAGUCUCUACUAAUCAAGCAAAUUGUUAAAGAUAUUUUGAAUAAAUUGUUAUCUUCAUCCGGUAGUGAUACUGAGAAUCUAGUUGGAAUAGAUGCUCGCAUACAAGAAAUGGAAACCUUAUUAUGCUUGGCGUCAGAUGAUGUUCGAAUGGUAGGAAUAUGGGGCAUGGGUGGAAUAGGGAAAACAACCCUUGUCAGAGCUGUUUAUAGUCGAAUCUCCUGUCAAUUUGAAGGUUGCUCCUUUCUUGAAAAUGUUGCAGAGGGUUUAAAAAAGAAGGUCUUAAUUGGGUUGCAAGAGAAACUUCUUUCUCAUCUAUUAGAGGAAGAAAAUCUAAAUAUGAAAGAACUCACCUCUAUAAAGGCAAGGCUCCACUCAAAAAUGUCCUUAUUGUUCUCGAUAACGUGA